CAGACAGCACUCCUUAGGUUUCCCCCUACAACGAGAUGAAACUGACGGAAAAAAGAAAGGUAGAGUAAAAAAAGCACCUGCUCCAGUCGAUCAAGGUACUCGCUUUCGCUUCCCAUCAAAGUAGACGCAAAUUGAGAAGAACAGCCACCUACGGCAGAUGCUACUACGGCUAUAAGGAAUACAGGUCCAGGUCAAGGACGGCACCACCGGUGCCCCCAGUGCCAGAGAUCCGGAUCCAAUGGGGCGGACGCCGUGCGAGGGCGGACCACUGCCCGGAAAUCCAAAACCAAGUCAGCAAGCCGUUUUUGGACUUACAAGAUAUAGAUAGUCCAGAGUCUGGUACCAAGGUUUGGGCAUGGGCUCGUCCCCUCUUGACAUUUACUGCCCAGCCCUUCCCCCCCGAUCAACGUUAACUCGACUUGAGAAAGAAAAAUCGGCCGGUUGGAACUCGUACCAUAAUUGAUCUGUAAGUCAACUCGACUUGAUGGCGCUCAAACCCCAAUUCAACCAGCCAGCACCUUGGACACUCGACGGUUUUCGAGUCACAGUACUGACCUUCGAACCCACGUGGCUUCAACAGCAGCAUCGACGACACGCCCUGGCCCGCCGUUGUCAUGAAGACAUCCACUAUCCUCGACAAACCUUCGUAUCACCGGUUAUCCGAGGAGAAGGAGGAGGACGAGGAGGAGAACUCGCCGAACCUGGCCGGCAAGACUGACGGAGGCAACUCUUCCUGGCACCUCGGAUGGCCUGCCAUCAACUUGAAAGAUGACCCGCUGGACUCGGACCAGCAGGAAGCCAACGAGGGUCGGCUGGCCCGAGACCUGAGGAGAUCGAAGGCCGCCGUCCGAAUAUGGCGUCUGGUCUCCAUGGCUCUGGCCGCGGCCUUGAUGGUGUCGUGCUUCCUGCUCCUCUCGCGACAUGACGAUAGCCACUGCAAGGCAGACUACCCCCAGCCCGCCGAAGGCACGGACAACGUCCUCAAAUGGAUGAAGGAGGCCGAGGUCGCCGACGGCCACUUCUGGUGCGGCAGCACCAUCGCCGAGGCCAAGCACCGGGGCUGCACCUUUGACAAGCUCCACAACCGGUGGAUGUCGCCCGUCUGCGAGCCCGAUUUCGAGCCCGCCAAGAAGGCCGUCUUCGAGGCCCUCGGCGGCGUUGGCGGCGGUGGCGGUGGCGGUGGUGGUGGCAGUGGCGACGGCGGUGGCAACGGCGGCGACGGCGGCGCGGUGCCGGAGUUCCGCUUCUACCGGGACGACGAGGGCAAGCCGGGCGCCCGGAUCUCGGACGAGGAGCUCGACGAGCUCGAGGUGCUGACGCCGGCGUGGACGACGGUCGGGCACCACAUGACGCACUGCAUGUACCUGCUCCUCCAGGCGGCGGCGGCCCUCAACCUGGGCACCAAGGCGGACAUGGUCGUCCACGCGUGGGAGCACGCCAAGCACUGCGCGACGGUGAUCCUCAACGAGACGCGGAGGAGCCCCGCGUGGGACGACGUGGCGAGCUUCGGGCACACCCAGUCCGGUGUGUGUUGGUAGGCCGCGGGGGUGUUCGAGUAUCGAGUACUGGGUGCGCCUGGUGUUAUUGCAAAGAGACAUGGAACUCCGAGACGAGACGAGAUGUCAUCUGGCUCGUGAGGUCGGGCCAUUGGUGGAGGGAGGGUAGGACAUGUGGACAUGUGGACAGUAGGCCUCUCGAGACAAAAAUGUCCGCUUAGACAUGAAUCGUCACCAUGAGGUUCGCCAGCGAGUUGGGCAUCAUCACCAUCUGUGAUUCACAGACGGCCCGCCCUUGGAGCUGACACGGCACCGGUUCCCGGUUGAGUCUUGUCGCAAGAGGUACGGGCGCCUCCUCCGAGCAGGUUCUGAAGCUCGGUCUCGGAUGUAGAUGGCACAGGGAUAGCCAGGGAUUGCUUGAAUGUCCCCCUCCUUGACUGUGUAUAUCCUCUCUCUAAUUCUAGACGAACAGACGCUUCUAAGCCUCUCCUCC